UUGAACAGACCAAGGACUCCAUGCCGGACUGUGGUUACCGGCGCCUGGUGUUGCAUCUUCUGUGGCUUUGGCUGGGUCAACGGCAAGCACGCUGUUUCCUGCCCGCUAUUGAUGACAUUGUAUGCUGAAAUGAUGCGUGGACGUAGCCAUCGGAGUGUUCCAAGAGUAUUACCAAUCUCAUCAACUGUGCUCCUAUUCAACUUUAAGCGUCGCCUGGAUCCUCUCAUUGGAGCCCUUUGUCCUCUUCGCGGCAGGGAUAGUUAUUGGACGGGUAUACCUUCCACCCUGUAUGCAGCAGCCUCUGUAUCGAAUCUAAUGCUUUGGCUGCAAAUAUUCGACAUCUAUGGGCCGAAAUGGCUGCUCACCACCGGGACAUUUCUGUAUAUCUUUGGGCUCAUGAUGACAUCAAUCUCUGACAAGUAUUAUCAGUUUCUCCUUGCUCAGGGUAUUUGCAGCCCCCUGGGUGCAAGUCUAGUUUUCUAUCCGGCACUCUCAUGCACCGCCACCUGGUUUUAUAAGCGACGAGCCCUAGCCUUCGGCAUUGUCUCGAGUGGCUCCUCCUUGGGCGGUGUUAUAUUCCCAACUAUACUAUCUAGAUUAUUACCUACUAUUGGCUUCGGAUGGAGUCUUCGGAUUGCUGGAUUUUUAGUUUUUAUCCUAUUAGUUAGAACUACCGUUUGUCCUGCUUAUGCUGGUGUCUUGCUGUGGUGUUUUGCUAUGUUUGUCCCUAUUAACUAUAUCAUCCUGGAAGCGCAGGCAGCCGGCAUGGACCCUGGUUUGACUGCCUAUCUGCUGACUAUAUUGAAUUCAGCAAGUCUCCCUGGUCGAAUACUUCCGGGCUAUCUAGGUGAUAAGUGGGGUCGAUUUAACGUAAUGAUUAUGAUGUGUGUGCUUUCUGCUAUCGUUAUACUCGGCUUUUGGAUCCCGGGAACAACUGUUAACCCUGGUUCCGCGGCUGUUUAUAUUUCUUUCCGUCUAUUAUAUGGAUUCGCAUCAGGUGCAUUUGUGGGCAUGGUACCAGCUCUCUUAAGCCAGAUCUCAGCCGAUGUGACCAAAAUAGGGGCUCGUCAAGGUGUUUUAUUUGCGUGCACUAGCAUUGCAACUCUUACGGGGAGCCCUAUUGCAGGAGCAAUCUUGAGUCAGAAUGGCACUUAUUGGGGUUUACAGGUAUUCACUGGCGUUAUGAUGGUAGGAUGCGUAUUAUUCUUCAUCGCCGCCAGAGUGGCCCUUACUGGAUUUUAUGUCAAUAUAAAGGUUUGA